AUGAGCUCGAUUGACCAGGGCUUCCUGCACACCCCCACCGUCAGGCAAAACAGCUGUAUGGAGCUUCGACGUGCGCUUAAAACCACUUCGCAAUCGACAGCCACGUCCAAGUCAUCUGCCACCACCCCAUUGGGAACGAGAAAGGACAGAGACGCAUUCAGGCGAUCGAUCAGUCAUGUUAUGUUCAAUCAGGGGGAUCUGGACACGGCCAACGCGACAGCAAGUACCAAUCACGAAUCACAGUCGAGCGGUACAUCGUCUGGUGGCGGCCAUUCUCGUUUAUUUCAGCGCAGUCAAAGCUUUCUAUCCAGACGUCGGAGCCUGUCCCAUGGACGCGACUUCAAUAUUCAGAGACAGCGUUCAUUUAUUAGCCAAACUUCGGACGGGAGUACCCAGAAUACUCCGCAUGGAAUACGAAAUGCACAGGGAGCAGAUUCAGGGGGCUCGGCAGGUGCCAGUCUCAGUGGCAGUAACAAAAGCCAGACAUCCUUCGGUCAAAAGUCGAGCGCCAAUUUUUCGCAGAUUGUUGGUGGUGAUCAUUCGAAAGCGUCAGAUUCCUCGAAGGACUGGAAUGGUCGCAGUUCCACUAAGAAAUCAUUAGUAAAUAAGAAACACGGGCGCAGAGCUGCUCCACCCACCCACCGUAUACUUGUAUGUGGUGCUCCGGGAGUGGGUAAAACUACUAUCUCAAAAAAGUUCGUAUAUGGUGUGACCGAUAUGGAGGAUUCGUGCAUGGACGAAGAAAAUUACUACAAGGCAAUGGCGGUCGACGGUACUCAACUACGUUUGCAGGUGUCCGACAUUUCGGCGUCGCUGGAAGAGAUUGAUGAGUUGGUUUGCUAUAUGCAGCUUUGCGAUGGCUUUCUAGUCGUCUGCUCACUGGCGGACUUGAAGUCUGUACAGUAUGCAGAAACAUGUAUAAAUCAAAUACACCUAUAUAAUGGCACCGAUUGUCCGGUAUUUUUGAUAGCCAACAAAGCCGAUAUGAUGGAAGAUGGAGAUCACAGGGUGAGAAAUGAGGCAGCCCAGCUCUCACGUAAAUACAGAGUCAAAAUGGUGGAAACUGCCUCGCUUACUCGGCGGAAUGCCAGUUUUUUCUAUGAUUUGCUCCGAUGGUUCCUUUACGGGUCGUUAGGUCGCGCACCCAUCAAAAACCGGAAGCGCAGCGCUUCAGUGCGAACAACGAAAUCGGAGCAAAAACUUAGCGAGACAUCAUUUUUGUCCACCAAUACAACGAGCAAUCACACUAGCCCGGCCGCGAGAACAACAAGUUUAGCUGAUCUCAAGGAGAUGAUAAAUACAACGAUGGCUAAACAAGCAGUCAACCAACCCGCAAAUGGAUUGCGUCGAUCCCAUUCCGAUAGUGAUCUCUGUAGCCAGAAAGACCGCACCUUGCACAUGAUUGAAGAUGUCGAUGAUACGCCUCUCGGUGGUGAAAACUCAAGUAAGGAUAAAGCCAAAAGCUUUAAGAGUCAUUUGGGCCAAAAUUCGUGCAAUUUCAAAACUCUCACGCCCAAAAAGAAGAAAAGGUCUAGCAGAUCUAGAUCGGUGAACAACACCCCAGAGAUUGAGAAGAAGGACACAUCAAGACUAGGCGAGUGGGGUAGUUUCCGGGCUAUCCAGCGCGAUUCUAAUCUGGCAAUGCAACUCAAGGAGCUUGAAGAGAUUGAUACGCAAAACAAUUUUUCUACGAUUGAUACUCUCCGUCGAUCCUUCAGGCGCCAGGGUUCAUCGGCACUAUUGAGUCUCUCCCCGACCACGCGCAGCAGUUCCACCCGUAGGAAGACCCCGCUGGAUAGGCACACAUCAGCUUACGGUACAAACAAUGCCAUGAAUAGUGAUCUGGAGCAUGGUGCCGAUUUGAGCACUAUCUCUGCACCGGCGCAGAUUUCGGCGGACGAUGACACGGGUAAACCACUUAAUAGAGAUAAGCGUGGGAGCCGUGGAAGGUCCAUCAAGCGCAGUCUGUCAUCCGAUCGCAUCAAAAACCUUCUUGGCGGCAGUCGAGUACAACCAGAUAGGGCUCGUUCUGAAGGACGACCGGUAGAUGACGCCGACUCGAAAUGUGUAAGUGAGGACGGCGUGAAGGAAGGUACAGUCAGUUCUUCAUUGUCUGGUACGGUGGAGUUUGGGUACGAGGUCGAGGCAGAGACUGACGCACCAUUGGAUGUUCGUUCGCCCGAAGAAAGAGUAUGCAGACGCACACCCAGCUUCAACGGCAGGCGAAACACACUAUACACUCUAGAUAGUGUGGGGGUUAGCGGGGGCGAUGACAAUGGCGCUUCCAACGGCGAGCUCAAUGAUCAAUCUACAGACAAACUAUCAGUAAUACGUUCGAAUAGCGGGUCAUGCAAUCAAGCAUCGGUAGUAGCGGAAAAGCCCAAGUUAGCGCCAUAUAGGCUAAGGUCUGAAAGUAUGGAUGCUAUUGUCGUAGACUCGGCUGCAAGAGAUACAGUCGACACAAAUUGUGAGAGUGUAAAUGAAGGUCAGUCAUUGCAAGCACCUAAAAGCGACGGUUUGCCAAGGCGCCGGAGCUCUAUACGAUUACUGAAGGAUCUUUUCAAAGCUGGGGACAGCGGUAAGGAUAGACCCACUAUGGUAGAAACAGAGAGUAAGGACAGUUUCACAGCCCGGCUCUCAGCUGCCAAUGACAGCGUAGACAAUGGUGUUGAUCUCGGCCUGCGACAUGCCAAGGCAUCCGAAAGCGCCACCGACGAUAGACCAGACGCGAUUCCAAUCACCCAGUCGGCGCCGAGUGCUGUGACUAGCACUCGGAUCAAAGAUGGAUCGGAUGGUGGAGCUGAGCAGACCAAAAGACAGAAUGUAAGCGCGCACGCACAGCAUGGCAAGACUCCGCCGUUGAAGAGACGAGGAUCGAUCCACAAGAUUAAGGAUAUGAUGAAGACACGGGGCAAGAAAAAGGGUGCGGCUGGCGAGGUGCAUGGCGACAAUUCUAGCGAUCACGACAGCGGGGGUGUCAAUACAACCCAUUUGACCACCACAACCGGUGGGGACUAAUGGACCAUCGCUGUGCUUUUGGAGGGAUACUACUGCGAGUCCUAAGAAUACUUUUUUCCGGGAUGAGCACUGUCUUUGAGGAUGUCGGGAUAUAGUUUUGUAUAUAGAAGCGAUAUGUAGUGCCACUUGUAUGAUGACGUGGCUAUGUGUAUCAGUUGGAAAGGGAACCAAAACCUGGAAUGGGCUGCGCGAUUUCACAUGCAGCCGAAAUUACGACCUUCGAACGGGUUUCAUUAAAGGUUUAACCGUUCUUUAUCACAGGUGAUUUUGUACCAAACUGAGCUGCCAAGCGAAAUUCACUUUAUUGUGUGCAUAGAGGUAAAG